UUUGGCCGGUUGUAGUAGAACGUCAAAGGGAAGCCGAUUGGCUGCCGGAGGGGGCCUCUUUUAUUGCAAGAGGGCGGAGAAGCUGGGCGCCUGAGACGUCAGAGGAAAACAAGCCUCGACGAAUGGCCAAUACUUUUUGGCCCGAAGGUGUCUUUUAGUUACCGAGAAAGAGACAUACAGCGUGGGCGGGGAGCAAAGGUUUUAAGGAACUCAAAAUGAUCCCUCUGGAAAGGUGGUCGAGCUCCUGGGAAUCUUGAUCCGGGUGUGCCUGUGUAAGCCGUCCCCGCUUCCGCAAAAGCUACAAGACUUUCAGACCUAAGCAUGUCAAAAAAACACAAAAAGAAAUCCAGUCAAAAGGAUGACACCUCGGAUAAAAAGAAACCAGAAUCAGCAGAAAUUGGGAACAGACAUGCAAAAGAACAGAUGGACCAAAGAGUGAGUGGUGCUGGAUAUAUGAAAGCAAAAAUGAGUUUGGAACUCAAAAAUUCUAGUACGGGACUUGAAACAAAGAUACCGAGAAACUCACAACACAGUAAUAGUGCUUUAAUACCUCUGGAAGAGCGUGAAAAGAUCACCAUGCAAUUUAAAGCCACAGCUAACCUUGGUGAGAAAAGAAGCGUUAUGGAACCUGUAGUUGUCUUCCCUCGUAAAGAACAGUCUGGCACGAAUGGUAGUGAUCCUGAUGACAAAAAAAGGAAGAGGUUGUCACACAAUUUGGGGAUCAUAAACAUCAGAGAGAAGGAUAAAAAAAAAGAUAAAAUGGAGAGCACCAAGUUUAAAAAAGUAAUUAUAAAACACAUAAUGGAGGAAUUCAAGGAAACUGCGAAACCUGCAGAAUGUUCAUUCCUUCAUAAGAAAAAAUCACUAAGAGUGAAUGAAUUCACCCAGAAGAUGAACUAUACCAAAAGCCAUCACGUUCCAGCUUUUACUGUCUCAGAUUCUAAAGUGCAUAUACAGGCUUGCAAAAAAGAUAAUCUUGAGAAAGACAAGCAUCUUUCUUUAGAACUUUCCAGCAAAAAUGGUAAAGAAGUCAAAUGCAGACUCUCAUAUCACCUGACAAAGCUGCCCAAAUGUUGGAAGUAUAAAAAUGAAGAACUAACACCUACUGAUUCAGAGAGGAAUAUUUGUAAUUCAAGGAUUCAACGAAAUAAAUAUGAACCUGUCACAUUUCAUUCAAGUUGGAGCUCCGCAUCCUCAUGUUCUUCCCUGGAAAACAUUGAAAAUACAGAUGUGGACCAAGAGAUGCAGAUUGUAGAAGAUCUGCAUGCAGCUCGUAUUGAGAAGAAGAUGGAUCUGCCUGUCGUGCAGACUUGUGGAGAGCUAACUUGCAUGGAAAUAGAUCUUGCAGAUGAUGAAUCACAUAUAUCAUCUAAUAUUUUCUCUGGGUUGAAUACUUUGAUUGUGAUUGAUACUAAUAUAAUGAUCAGCCAUUUGACAUUCAUCAAAUAUUUAAAGAAUGCUGAUAUCCCAGGCAUAGGCAGAUUUUUGCUAUUAAUUCCCUGGGUAGUUCUGCAAGAACUGGACAACUUAAAGCGAGGGAAGAUAUUGGAAAACGUUAGGCAAAAAGCAAUCCCUGCAGUUCACUUCAUCUAUACUUGCCUGAAAAAUCAAGAUCCAAAGUUGUGGGGUCAAUCCAUGCAGCUUGCUUCUCAAAAAACACAAAGUUUCAGUACUGAGAACAAUGAUGAUCGUGUGUUACAAUGCUGCCUUCAGUAUCAGAAUCUCUACCCUCAAGCUGAAGUAAUCUUACUGACGGAUGAUAAAAAUUUGUGCAACAAAGCCUUAGUGAGUGAAAUAAAGGCAUGUAGUAAAGCAGAUUUAGUUGCUGCGUUCCAGAAAAUGACUCCAAAGGGCACAAUUAUAAGUGAAGAUACUUCCAAUAACAAGUGGGAAAAAGAUAAAUACCCCAAGAAGACUGAAAAUAAUUCUACUAAUCGUCUUUCAGAAGUUAUUUUUGAUAUGGAAAAAAGCUUGGGUGAUGUUUUAUCUUCUAUUUUAGAAACAGAACUGAAGAUUGCUUUUGGAGAUCUAUGGAUUGAGGUAGUAUAUCAUAAACCCCCUUGGACACUAGCAAAUGUGUUGGAGUGUUACAAAAAACACUGGAUGGCUGUUUUUGGACAAUUUAUAUCAAGAAGCCUUUUUUCAACUAUUGAAUAUCUCUAUGCACAUCUUUGUAAAGGUAAAAUAAUUGAAUAUUCAACAUUAAGGGAUGUCCUCCAGGAGUCAAAAAUGUUAUUGGAAAUGUUCAGUUCAAGAUCCACCUAUGAUGGUUUUCUUUCACGGGCUUUAGCUCAAGUGGAAAAAUUACUCAAGACUGUUGCAGAGAUGGAGUCAAGUACAGGAGAAAAUUCUAAAGAUACCGUGAAAUCUAAUUUGGGAAAUGAUACAUGUGAAAAAAUGGAAGACGUGAUUUUGUCAGAACACACUCAGACAGGAGAUAAGUCUCCAUUAACAAAGCGUUCAGCACAAGAAAAUAGGCACAUGGAAAUUUGGUCUGUCCUUGAAAGUGUAUGGAACAGAAUCAAUGUGUUCAGUUUUGAAAUUUUCCAAAAAGUAGACCUUAGUGCAAUACCCCCAACUUCGAAUAUGUCUUCCUUUCAAGAAGCCUUUGUGGGUCUGCAGAAAUUAAUGAGCACAGUGAAUGAAAUUCUUGCUGGUAUUCAGCAAGUCUUAGUUCCAAAUAGUAGCUUUCAAGAUGUCUGGGCCUUGUAUAGAUUCUUAACUAAUAAUGAGGUAAAUAAUAGUACAAAAUUUACUGCUGAGGAACUCUAUGACUGUAUUUCCCAAGAAUUAUACAGAGCACGGUUAUCGGUCGGAUGCGGCCAACUAAUUCAACUGGAACAUACUGUUAGACAGUGCUACGAAUCUGUCCUUUUGGAAAUCAAAAACAGAGGAUGGCUCUAAAUCCUUCAAUUAACUGAAACAUUUGAAAGACUGGUUUUCUUCUCUCCAAACAAAACAAACCUAUGACUCAGCUACCUAAAAGUUUAAACCUCUGUAAUUUAUUGGUCUUCCUUGCUGUUUUUAGCAACUUUGUUUGAAGAUCACACUUAAAGAAACAUUAAUCCAUGGUUUGGCCUUAUUUGUAUAUAUGUGUGUGUGUGUGUGUGUGUGUUUCCACUUCCUGGAAGAAAACACAGUUAGAACUGGGACCACGGUGAAGGGAUUUUUAAAUCUUCCUGGCAAUAUUAGCUUUUACUCCUUAUGUAAAUUACUGCUUUGGAAUAUUUUUUAAAUCUUUAUAUUACCCAUUCCCAGAGCAAUAUUCUAAUGACAAUGACAUAGCUCUAUCCCUCUCCUUUCCCAGCAUAUCAUAACUUCAAGUUGCGUUGUGCAGACUUUUUGAUCAUGAAGCUUGCAGAUGCAGUUAUGUAUAUUUUAUUAGCCCAUUCCCUGCAAACAGUCUCAAUACAUAAUGCCCAUCUGUCUGCUUUUCUUGACCUACUGAACUUGUAGCUGUCAUAAUAACAGUUUCUUGAAAUCCCCUCUUCCUUCCAGCUCAAUCACCUCAUUCAAAAACUGCAGAAUGUAGAUAUCAAAUGCCAUGGUAUCUUCCUUGGCUGUGGGAACUAUGGAGCAAUACAGCACUGGUCAAGAGACAGGGAGAAGGAAAACAGGUGAUCUCAGUGGAUACUCAUGGCAAGCUGAACCAAAACUCUGGCUUGCAUUCCUCUCCCCUCCAUUGUAAGAUUCUUAUAUUGGGACAGCAUGGAAUUCUUCUUGUGGCCAAUUUAUCGUCAUCCACUCAGCAUAACUAAUUAUCCAAAUAAUUGUUGUGCAUUUGUGUGAAAAGAUACAUGCCCAGGAAUCCUGAGUGAAUGUGCAAAAGGUUCUGUUGCGUCACCCAGAAUAAACUAGGAUUAUAUAAUUGCAAGCAUUUUUGCUAUUUUUACAAGAGCAAAGUUCCUACCUGACUGGAAACCAACUUUGUAUGCUAACAGUGGGGAUAAGGUUUCAGGGUUGUAGAGGGGGACGUAUUUAAUUUGUGCAUGUCUCUUUUUACAGUAAAAAUGUCUUAAAUCUG